ACCAUUUUCUUGCUUGUGAUCAAACCUCAAUACAAGACACCCACUUAGCAGUAUCAAUUCUGGCCUCAACUACCGAUGGAUUGGCCGGCUUUCCCAUGCUUCACUAGGACAGGACUGUUGAUACUUCUGAUCUUCCUGCCAUUGAGAACGUCCGAAGACCGGCUUGUACCCGGCAAAACACUGUCCCCUGGCGCCACCAUCAUCUCCGACGGAGGUACCUUUGCAUUAGGCUUUUUCUCUCUGUCCAAAUCCAGCAUCCCGACACAGAUGUACCUCGGCAUCUGGUACAACAACAUCCCUGAGCUCACCGUGGUGUGGGUUGCCAACCGAGAAAACCCGGCCAGCAACACGACUUCACCGAUGCUCUCCCUCACCAACUCCUCAAAUCUUGUUCUAUCAGAUGGUGAUGGCGGUGGCCGUGUCAUUUGGACAACGACCAACAUGGGUGCCGCCAUGGGCUCGUCUACCCCUGUGGCAGUGCUUCUAAACACCGGCGACCUCGUCAUCCGCUCGCUAAACGGCACCACGUUGUGGCAGAGCUUCGAGCACCACACCGACACAUUCCUUCCUGGCAUGAAGCUCCGGUUCAAGUACAUGCAAAAUGGAACUAGCGACCGCCUGGUAUCCUGGAAGGGUCCUAGUGACCCUUCGCCGGGGCGCUUCUCCUAUGGUGGCGACACAAGCACAUUCCCUCAAAUAUUCUUAUGGGACGGGGAGCGUCCGGUGUCCCGUAGCGCUCCAUGGACGGGGUACCUGGUGAAGAGCGAGCUUCGAUACCAGCAGGCAAAUGGCAGUGCAGAUGUUAUCAUCUACUUGGCGGUAGUCGAUGGCGACGAUGAGAUCUAUACUACCUACAGCGUCCCUGAUGGUGCCCCACACACUAGGUACGUGCUGACCUACUUUGGCGAGUUCCAAAUCCAGAGCUGGAGUAGUAAUACAUCGGCAUGGGUAGUUCUUGGGAAAUGGUUGUCCCUCGAAUGCAACCACUACGGCUAUUGCGGCAUGUACGGGUACUGCGAUGAGACAUCAGUGCCCGUCGCGACAUGCAAGUGCCUCCACGGCUUCGAGCCAGCAAACACGGUGGAGUGGACAGGUGGAAAAUUUUCAGCAGGGUGCCAACGAAUGGAGCCACUACGAGGGUGCAAUGAUGGCUUCUUGGCCUUGCCAGGGAUGAAGUCGCCCGACAAGUAUUCGCUUGUCGGUGGCGGUAGGAGUACAUUUGAGGAGUGUGCAACAGAAUGCAACCGCAACUGCUCCUGUGUUGCAUACUCACAUGCCAACUUAAGCAGCAGCGGGUCCAAGAGAAACAUGACGAGGUGCUUGGUCUGGUCCGGGGAGUUGCUUGACACAGGGAAAAUAGGUGAAGAGUUGGGGAGUGACACGCUCUAUCUCCGACUUGCAGGACUGAAUGCAACAUCUGGUAAAAGAAGAAAGAGUAAUGCAGUGAAGAUUGUGCUACCAGUUUUAGGAAGCAGUGUUAUAGUGCUCAUAUGCAUUUCGUUGGCAUGGUUCAAAUUCAAAGGCAAGAAAAAAACUGGGAGAAACCACAAGAAUGUAUUGCUGGAUCCAAUGAGUACCUCACAUGAACUUGGUGAAGUACACCCUGAACACAAUCAUGAAUUCCCAUUUGUAACAUUUGAGGAAAUUGCACUAGCAACACACAAUUUCUCUGAAACAUGUGUGAUAGGACAAGGAGGCUUUGGCAAAGUUUUCAAGGGAUUGUUAGGAGAUCAAGAAGUUGCCGUCAAGAGGCUGAGUAGGGAUUCUAAACAAGGAACAAAGGAGUUCAAGAAUGAAGUAAUUCUAAUUGCCAAAUUGCAGCAUAGGAACUUGGUUCAACUGCUCGGGUGUUGUGCGGAGGGAGAUGAAAAACUUCUAAUUUAUGAGUAUCUACCAAACAAGAGCUUAGAUGCCACCCUUUUCGAUGAUUCAAGAAAAAUGUUGCUAGAUUGGGAAACACGGUUUAGUAUAAUCAAAGGAGUUGCAAGGGGACUUCUUUACCUACACCGAGAUUCAAGAUUAACCAUAAUUCAUAGAGAUCUUAAAGUUGGAAAUGUUUUGCUAGAUGCAGAGAUGAAACCAAAGAUAGCAGAUUUUGGAAUGACAAGGAUCUUUGGAGAUAACCAACAAAAUGCAAAUACCCAACAUAUUGUGGGAACAUAUGGUUACAUGGCUCCUGAGUACGCAAUGGAAGGUGUCUUCUCUACCAAGACUGAUGUCUAUAGCUUCGGUGUGGUGCUAUUGGAGGUUGUAACCGGCAUUAGGAGGAACUCCAACAGUCAAACGAUGGGCUUCCCCAGCCUCAUACUCUAUUCUUGGAAUAUGUGGAAGGAAGGGGAGACAGAGAAACUGCCAGACUCGUCGAUCAAGGACACUUGUUCACUAGACGAAGUUUUGCUUUGCAUCCAUGUAGCGCUAUUGUGUGUCCAAGACAACCUGGAUGAUAGGCCCCUCAUGUCAUCAGUUGUCUUCGUCCUAGAGAACGGAAGCACCACACUUCCAGCCCCAGAUCGCCCUGCAUACUUUGUGCGACGGAGCGUUGAAGCGGUGCAAAUUGGAGAUGAUAUUCAGACUUCCGUGAACAGUGUUACUCUUACCGAGAUAGAGGGGAGAUGAUAUUCCGACUUCAUGUUUUUUUUUUGCGGGAAGACUUCAUGUGUUGUUUGAAAGCCGCUAUCUCUGGUUGUCUUUUGUUUUAUGUUCCUUCUUUUUUCUUCAUGACAGCCUCGGUUUGGAAAAGAAAGGAAGAUAUCAAGGUGCACACAAAAAUUUCUUGAAAAAACAAGUCGAUGAAAGUGAA